AUGGAUAAUCGCAGCUCGAGAAGGAAAGAAACAAAAAAUGGCUCCACUGGUUGCAAUGUGGCAUCUAAGAGGGAAGACAAGCCACCGGUGAAGGCCACUGUGCUUCAAAGAGAAGUUGGUCUGCUGAGCGGCAUUUGUCUGAUCGUUGGGACUAUAAUUGGCUCAGGAAUUUUCAUUUCUCCCAAGUCUGUGCUGCUGAACUCUGGAGCUGUGGGACCAUGCCUUCUUAUUUGGGCUGCCUGUGGUGUGUUAGCCACUCUGGGAGCACUUUGCUAUGCUGAGCUUGGCACCAUGAUUACCAAAUCAGGGGCAGAGUAUUAUUAUCUAAUGGAGGCUUUUGGCUCAGUGGUAGCAUACCUUUACGCCUGGACCACUAUAAUGGUUUUGAAGCCCUCAUCCUUUGCCAUCAUUACACUUAGCUUUGCACAAUAUGCUGCUACGCCUUUCUACCCUGGCUGCACACCUCCCCUUGUUGUUACCAAAUGUCUCGCUGCUGCAGCUAUAUUGUUUAUCUCCACAGUCAACUGCCUGAGUGUCAAACUGGCGAGAUACAUGCAGAAUUUCUUCACUGCAGCCAAGGUUCUCAUCAUUGUUCUCAUUGUGGUGGCUGGCAUUGUUAAGUUAGCACAAGGAAACACAGAGACACUGUCAAAUGCUUUUGAUGGAACAUCAGUAUCCUUUGGAGCCAUUGGACUUGCAUUUUAUAACGGGCUUUGGGCUUAUGAUGGAUGGAACCAACUGAAUUUCAUCACAGAGGAGCUGAAAAACCCAAUAAGGAAUAUGCCUCUGGCCAUCAUCAUUGCGAUCCCUUUGGUCACUGUCAGCUACGUGAUGGUUAACAUUGCUUACUUCACCGUUAUGACUCCCAAUGAGUUGUUAAUAUCUCCAGCAGUUGCUGUGACUUUUGGAAAUGAAGUCUUUUACCCUCUCUCAUGGAUCGUUCCUCUUUUUGUUGUCUUCUCCACACUUGGGGCAGCCAACGGCAGCUGUUUUACUAGUGGCAGAUUGGCUUAUGUAAGUGGCAGAGAGGGUCACAUGGUGAAAAUUUUAUCCUAUAUCAGUCUGAAACACUACACACCAUCCCCUGCUCUCAUAUUCAGUGGUCUACUGGCUAUAUUCUACAUUAUCCCAGCAGACAUCAAUUCCCUGAUUAACUACUUCAGCUUUGCUCAGUGGGCAUUUUAUGGUCUGACGGCUCUGGCUCUAAUAGUCAUGCGUUUCACAAGGAAAGAGCUCCACAGACCAAUAAAGGUGCCGAUUGUCAUAGCCGGCUUAAUGGUGGUGAUGUCCUUCUACUUGGUUGUGGCACCCAUCAUUGAUAAACCAGAGCUGGAGUACCUCUACUGCACAAUUUUCAUUUUCAGUGGACUUGCCCUCUACUAUCCCUUUGUCUAUCAUAAGAUCAACUGGGUGGCCAAACUCAUGAGACCCAUCACCAUGCAUCUCCAGCUGCUGAUGGAAGUAGUUCCACCAGAGAAAACUGAAUAAUAAAAUAAGUCUAAUUCUGCUGUGGUGCAGAAUAUGUUGAGCCUGGUUUCAUAAAUCUGGCACUGUUUGUUGACAUGCCAGGUAAGUGGGGGGUCACUCUAUGGAUUGGCAAAGUGAAUUUUCCUCUUGUGAAAUGAAUGACACUGGAAGCUUGGUGAUGUUAUGAUGUCUUGAGAUUUUUUGUUUUCAGUGUUGAACUGAGCACAAUUAAUAAAUAUGUACAACUACAACUG